UUGAACUGUCCAUCAGCAGGAAACUACAUUCGCAAGCACCUCCUACCCACAGUCUAUCCCCUCCCACUUCUUAUUUUCACGAGAGCAGUCGUGUGGUUGACGUCAUAUACGACAGUAGCGAUGGGCAGUCGUGCGAGCGCCGAUAAGAUGAACAGCCUUCCCCUCUCCCGCUCUGAAGUGUUUGGGCAGCUGAGGAAAGAACUGCAUGAAGAUGUUGAGUUUCACCAGUCGGAUGUGCAUAUCUUCAUCAUCAUGGGUGCUUCGGGGGAUCUGGCCAAAAAGAAAAUUUACCCAACAUUAUGGUGGUUGUUCAGAGAUGGUUUGCUCCCCGAACAGACGUAUUUCGUCGGCUUCGCUCGUUCUGAACUCACUGUGGACUCCAUUCGCACCGCCUCUAUGCCCUACAUGAAGGCAGUUGACUCUGAGGCAGAGCGGCUUUCUGCGUUCUUCAGUCGAAAUUCGUACAUCAGUGGAAAGUAUGUGGAUGGAUCUUCUUUCGCCAACCUGAACACACACCUGAUGUCGAUACCGGGAGGGGCUGGAGCCAAUCGCCUCUUCUACCUGGCCUUGCCGCCCAGCGUCUACCAUGACGUCACAGAGAACAUCAAGCAUCACUGCAUGAGCACCAAGGGCUGGAACAGGAUCAUCGUGGAGAAGCCGUUUGGACGUGACCUUCAGAGCUCAGAGCAGUUAUCCAGUCAUCUUUCUUCUCUCUUCACUGAAGAUCAGAUUUAUCGCAUAGAUCAUUACCUAGGCAAAGAGAUGGUCCAGAAUCUUAUGGUUCUCAGGUUUGGAAACCGGAUAUUUGGUCCAAUUUGGAACCGGGACAGUCUGGCAUGUGUGGUCCUGACCUUCAAAGAGCCGUUUGGAACCCAGGGACGUGGAGGAUAUUUUGAUGAUUUUGGGAUCAUUCGAGAUGUGAUGCAGAACCACCUGCUUCAGAUGCUCUCUCUGGUUGCCAUGGAGAAGCCAGCCUCCACAAGCUCUGAUGAUGUUCGAGAUGAGAAGGUAAAGGUGCUGAAGUGCAUUGAACCGGUCUCUCUCUCAGAUGUGGUCUUGGGUCAGUAUGUGGGAGACCCUGAAGGAGAGGGAGAAGCUAAACAGGGUUACUUGGAUGAUCCAACUGUCCCCAAAGGCUCCACCCAGGCCACGUUUGCAACAGCGGUCCUUUAUGUGAAGAAUGAACGCUGGGAUGGUGUUCCCUUCAUCCUCAGGUGUGGGAAGGCUCUGAACGAGAGGAAAGCAGAGGUUCGCUUGCAGUUUUCUGAUGUUCCUGGAGACAUCUUUAAUACACAGUGCAGACGCAACGAGUUGGUGGUGCGCGUGCAGCCCAACGAGGCCAUCUACGCCAAGAUGAUGAGCAAGAAGCCUGGAGUUUAUUUUAGCCCUGAAGAGACUGAGCUGGACCUGACCUAUCACAGCAGAUACAAGGACGUUAAGCUGCCUGAUGCAUAUGAGCGUCUGAUUUUGGACGUGUUCUGCGGCAGUCAGAUGCAUUUUGUACGGAGCGAUGAGUUGAGGGAAGCGUGGAGAAUCUUCACUCCUCUUCUUCAUCAGAUAGAGAAGGAGAAGACACCACCCAUCCCGUAUAAAUACGGAAGCCGUGGUCCUAUAGAGGCAGAUGAGCUGGUGCAGAAGGUGGGCUUCCGCUACGAGGGAACGUACAGAUGGGUGAACCCACACAAACUGUAAAAGAUAAAUAAACCGAAGAUGGAGAAACUUUUAGAGUGCCUGAACUAAGGAUAAAGGCACUUUAAAAUGGAUUUGAAAAUGUGCACUGCAUUUAAAAAGGACCAAAAGCAAACAUGACUGGUUAAACAUCUGAUUUGUUAUAACUUUUAUAUCAUAACCUACCUGAUGUUGCUCAUUCUUUGUGUUUACAUCAUUAUGCUUUAAGCAAAUGAAGAUUUCUGUCAUGCAUUCCAAUUUCCACAGACAAAAGUCUUAAAUGCUUGAUUUCAAAAGUGUUUUAUAAGCAGAUGGGUGGUGUUGCUCAUACAUAACUUUUUCCACUGACUGCAAGUUUAUAAUAAAUAUAUAUUGUUACAGCACUUAACUAGUAUAUACUUCAGAACACAGAAGGAUUGAAAAGAAAGGAAAUGUUGUUCUUUGUUACAAGCUAACAUGUAUGAGGUCUUAACAUACAUCGAUUGGCUGAUAAAGCCAGCAUUUACUCUUAAAGCAGAUAUUUCAUACCACAUGUAAAUAUGUGUACAUGAGCUUAAAUGUUAAACUUUUCUUAAAAUUAGGCAUGGUUUCUUUCUGCACUUAUGUUUCACGUUUCAUAUUUAGUUUGUCAUUGCAUUUUUGGGGUUAUCUACAUGUAUAUAGUAGAUGAUUUUCUUUAAAAAAAGCCAAAAAGAAGGUUGUGUCAGGGUGCCGAUUUAUUUAUCAGUGCAUUUUGGGAAGAACAACUUUUUCAUGCUUUUACAACUAUGAGCUAUGUAACCUUUUUAUUGUAAAUUUUACAAUAAAACAUAGUUGUGAUGCCUAA